AUGGAGCUUCAGACUGAGAAGAGGUUUCAUAACUUGACCCUUCAACAAGUCCAGGCUCUCGACAAAGUCUUGACGGAGGUGAUCCCGAUCCACGGACGUGGAAAUUUCCCCACACUGCAGGUGAGAGCCAAAGACAUCAUCCGCGUGGUGAAGGAUCGGCUGGUGGAGAGAGACAUCCAGGUCAAAGACAUCCGCCUUAACGGAGCAACGGCCAGCUAUGUCCUGGUCAGGGAUAAUGGCUUAGGCUACAGAGACUUGGACAUCAUUUUUGGAGUAGAGCUCCCCAGGCAGGAGGACUUCCAGGUCAUUAAGGAGGUUGUGCUCGGCAGCCUGCGAGACCUCCUCCCUUGUGGGGUCAACAGACGGAAGAUCACCUGCCUCACGAUGAAAGAAGCCUACGUGCAAAAGAUGGUGAAAGUCUAUAAUGAGCACGACAGAUGGAGCCUCAUCUUGCUCUCUAACAACAGGGCAAAAACCGUGGGGCUCAGAUUUGUCAGCUCCCUCCGGAGACAGUUUGAGUUUAGCGUGGACUCUUUUCAGAUCAUAUUAGAUCGCAUGCUGGAGUCGUACUGGGAGACCGACAGGAAGCAGCAAGGAAAGUUCGUAGUGUCAAAGAGACAAGGAAGCGAAGGCAACAAAGGGCAAGAACAACGGAGCAAUCCUGGAGGUGCCGAAGAGGACACUAAGAGAAAUUUAUCUCUGGCAAAACCCAGAGUGGAAGCUCCAUUCCAGGAGGAGACGGUUUCUGUCCCUGAGAAACAGCUUCCACGAGAGGAGAUUCAGCUUGUAGACGGAAAACAGAAGGCAGAACCAGAGUUAGAGCCUGAGGUAAUUACCCCACGGCAGCCAGAGGAGGAAGAGGAGGAGGGCCCUGAAGACGUCCCUCCAGUGGACGCUUCAGAGGUGCUAGAAGAAAAGUUUCCCCCCGAAUUCCCCUCUGUGGAAUCCUCCGAAACAACAUUUCCUGAUGCCGGUGGUCCAAUGCUGACAUGUUUAAACCAACAGUGCAAUGAACACCAACGUGAGACACAAGUCUCCCAGUUUCUGCUCCCUGUAGCAGAUACUGAGAAGUUGGCUUUACAGGAAAUGGCCCACGGCAAAGAGAAUACCCACUCAGAGGUGGACACGGUAACCCACGGUACACCAACCUCACAAGAGUCCCGUCUCGAGUUCUCGUUUCCUCCCCCGGCUAAAAAAACCUGCAGCACCUCACAGGACAUCGUCCCGGACUACUGCCCUUCGCCGAAGCUGCAAAGAAAAAUGUCCCGAAAAAAGUUGAUCAGCAAACCUGAAAAAUGGUCCCUGCUGACGGACUUGUCCGACCUCACGACGCAGUUUUUCCCGCCGAUAGAAAUCCCGAAGCCGCUUCAGCCGAAACCUCUUUUGCUUGAUGAUAGUCAAGUUGAAGGUCCGGAGAACCCCGAGGGGGCGGACGCUCCCUCGCUCCCCACCUGUAGUCGGGCGGAAGACGCCGGAUGUUGUGAAUCUGUGGAGAUAACCGUGAAGCCGAAACACUCGAAGAAGCCCCCAGAUUUAGGGCCUCGCAUCCUGGCGGGAUUACCGGAUACCUCGGGGCCUCUGGUGGACGAGCAGAUGCCUGAACCGGUGGAUCCGGAAGGGCCGGCCUCCUGGGGAGAGCACGCCAUCUUGGUGGAGGCGGAGUGCAUGUUCGGGGACUUCCACCAGGCCAUGGAGCACCUGCACCGGCGCCUGAUCGCCACCCGCAACCCCGAGGAGAUCCGGGGCGGGGGCCUGCUGAAGUACAGCGACCUGCUGGUGCGCAACUUCCGCCCGGCCAGCGAGACGGAGAUCAAGUCCCUGGAGCGCUACAUGUGCUCGCGCUUCUUCAUCGACUUCCCCGACGUGGGCGAGCAGCAGCGCAAGAUCGAGGCCUACCUGCUGGGCCACUUCUCGGGCAGCGAGGAGGCCAGCAAGUACGACUUCCUGAUGACCCUCCGGAGGGUCAUAGACGAGAGCACCGUGUGCCUGAUGGGACACGAGAGGAGGCAGACCCUCAACAUGAUCACUGUCUUGGCUUUGAGGGUCCUGGGCGAGCAGAACGCCAUCCCCAACACGGCCAACGUCACCUGCUUCUACCAGCCGGCGCCUUAUAUGGCGGAGCCCAUCUACAACAGCUAUUACAUCGCCCAGCCCCAGCUGGUGUACCACCCCUACCCCCUGCAGGUGCACAUGCAGACUGGGCUGGUGUAG